AUGGAAUCCCUUAGAGAGCUUCUGGCGCCUAAAACAGUCAACAAGUUUAGUUUUACAGCAAAUGUUUUUUGGCUUGUGCUUGGAGUUGUUUUAUCAAGUGUCUUUUUGGACAUGGAAAACAACGAACCGAGGUUCCACUGUGAUGCAAAAGAUGACCAAGAACUAAUCCAGGGGAAGUGUUACGAACAAUAUCAAAAGCGAUACAACAAACUUAGUAUUCCUGUAUACGCUUUUGUGCUUUUUAAUUUCUUUACCCCUAUGAUUGCUUGUGGAAUAUACUCCCAAUACGUCAAGUCGAGAAUUAGUGAACUUGAAGAACAACAGCAGCCUCUUCAACCCCGACAAGGAAGUCCGCCAAGGAAACUCUUCAAAGCAUAUUGUUUUCAGCUUGUUGCUAGAUUCCUACUUGGAAUUCUUUGUUUCUCCUUGCAAAAAACGGUAUUUUAUCCCCAAAACUUUCCUUCUAACUUCACUUGUGAUUUAAUGGGGAAAGACCAGCGAUCUGAGAAUAUCACACAGACUCAAACUUACGAGUGCCACAAUCAAAGAGCAACGUUCAAAAACUUCUGGAUUUACGCCGUGAUCGUUGUGAAUGGAAUUUUUGCGUUUCUUGUGUUAAUGGAGAUUUUCUAUAUCUUCACACGUGUAAUGAAAAAAAGGAGGUUAGUGGAGGAUUUUCCAUUUUACGCUUUUCACCUUAGAUCACACGCCAGUGUUCAACCGGAGCAGCAAAGGCAUUCACAACAAUGCCAAGAAUCACCGCUGCUACAGCAGCAAUCACCGCAGCAUCAGCAACCAUCACCGCACCAUCAGCAACAAUCACCGCAGCAUCAGCAACAAUCACCGCAGCAUCAGCAACCAUCACCGCAGCAUCAGCAACCAUCACCGCAGCAUCAGCAACCAUCACCGCAGCAUCAGCAACAAUCAUCGCUGCCGAAGCAACAAUCACCGCAGCAUCAGCAACAAGAACCGCAGCAACAGCAUCAAGCACCGCUGCUUCAGAAACAAGCACUGUUCCAGGCCAUGAAAGACAAUAUCAUAAGAGAAACUGAGCGACUCAGGGAUCUUCAAUCGCCCUUUCGUCGUAAUCCAGGUGAAGGAAAUACGCUACCCAAAGACUUAAAAAUCGACCAAAUUUACACCAAUCUGAUUAUUCACGAAGGCAGAGUUGAAUACGACUUCCCUGAAGACAGGCAGGAACAAUUAAACGUAUAUCCCAAACCCAAUGAGAAUUCACCAUUAUUUCACCCGUGGGAUAUUAUUGAUGCUCACCAUAAAAAUGUUCUCGUUGUCGGUCGUCCCGGGAUUGGAAAAAGUUUAUUUUGCAUUAAGCUUCUUCGGGACUGGGCAUCAGAUACAGAAACAGAAAAUUCCCAGUUGAACUUUAAAGCCGUUUUUCUUCUUAAAUUUAGGAGAAUGAACUCGAUAAAGAAACCGCUCACCCUUCGUCAACUACUGGCUGAUUCAGAGUAUUCACGGGAUGUGAAUGAGGAUGCUGUCUGGAAAUAUGUUCUCGAAAACCCAACCAAAGUACUUUUGAUUUUCGAUGGAGUGGACGAAUUUAAAUUUAAGAUAAAAAUCGCUGAAUGCAGUGACUCUUAUCAACCUAACGAUGUUACCGCGAAGAUGUCAUUCCCUGCAUUGUACAACAAGAUAGCCUCGGGUAAACUUUUAGGGGGCGCCACAGUUUUAACUACUACAAGACCAACUGCUGUGUCAUUUGUUAAACAUCUCGACUUUGAGAGAACAGUUGAAAUUCUUGGAUUUACAUCAGAACAAGUUGAAGACUAUGUUAACAAAUUCACAGCAGAUGAAGAAGAGGGUACCGGAAGAACAAUUUGGCAACACAUCUGCAGCAAUCUUAACAUUUUUUCCUUGUGCUAUGUUCCUGUAAACUGUUUUAUAAUAUGCACAUGUUUGCUUCACGUCCUACAGACACUGAAGUCUAAUGUAUCGACGAUUCUUCCCACGAAACUCACUGACAUUUACAGCAUCGCCAUUAAGAUGUUCUAUUUCAAGCACUCCCGCAAUUAUAAGCAAUACCAGGGUCAAGCUGACUUCAUCCGUGAGAAAUUUGAGAACCUGCCCGAUGGUGUGAAAGCGGAGUUCAAUCGACUGGGAGAAAUCGCCUUCACAGGAAUAAAAGAGGGUAGACUAAUCUUUGAGUCCAAACAAGUUGAAGGAUUGGAGGAUUGCGGCCUGCUCCAUCGUCUACCUGAUUUAUGCGCUUCAGCAGAUAGUCCAUUUGAAAAAGCUAAAGCUCAGUUCUGUUUUAUGCACCUGACCAUUCAGGAAUUUCUUGCUGCCAAGUAUGUCGCCGACACCAUGAGUGGAGAAGAACUGCGAGAAUUUGUUCUCUAUAGGAUCACACAAGGUGCAUGGCAUGUAGUUCUGCAGUUUUUGGCUGGACUGCUUGGUAAGCGAGAGGAAUCACUUUCACGCAUUUUUGUUGACGCUCUUCCCAUAUCAACAGAAAGGUUUAAUGAAUGGGAAUGGAAAGCAGCGUUUGACGAUGAUGAAGUUUUUGAUUUGAACGUUCGCAGUACACUCAUCUUUUGGCCACUGAGAACGCAUCGCAAUCUUGUUGUGGCCUUAAGUAUGUGCCUUUAUGAGAUUGAUGUGGACGAUCCAAUUUUACAAACCAAGCUGCGCCAAAUCGGUUUUAAUGCAGCAAAUUUUAGUAACUGCCUAAUCGGACCUGUUGAAUGUUUAGGAUUAGUAAAUUUGCUUAAUAGUCACAGCGUAAUAAGCCUAGAAUUGACCAACAACAAUCUUGGGCCAUUGGGUUGUAAACAGAUUCAGCCGCUGCUUGCAAUUAGUGACAAAAAAUGUAACGAUGCCAAACUUCGCAGAUUGAACCUUCAUGAUAAUGAAAUUAGAGAAGAAGGUGUGAGGCAUUUGACUGAAGCACUUACUCAUAGUAACUGCAAACUAAACAGUUUAAACCUUUCU